AUGGCACCCAUGACGCCCCGUCUCAAGAUUCUAUCAGUCGGCGGCAAUCCCGUCUCUGCCUUCUUGUCCUGGCGCCUCCAGGCUACAAACGCCUGCGAUGUUACGCUUGUCUGGAAGUCGGGCUUCGAACAUGUCGCCCAGUACGGCAUUUCUUUCAAGUCUCCGAUCUUUGGCAACGAGCGGUUCAAGCCUCGUCACGUGGUCCGAAAUCCCGAAGAUGCUUCGACGACCCGAGACGGUCCGUUUGAUUAUGUCGUGCUUUGCGUCAAAGCUCUCCCCGAUGUGUACGAUCUCGCCGCUGUGAUCGACGCCGUCGUCACUCCCCAACACACCUGCAUCCUCAUCAACACCACACACACCCUCGGCGUCGAAGCGGCAAUCGAAGAGCGAUUCCCCACAAACGUCGUACUGUCCCUCGUUUCUGGCGCCGAACUGACACAGCUUGGCCAGAGCGAGUUCGAACACAGAGGCUCGACAGAGAUUUGGGUCGGCCCUGCCAACAGGAAUAGCAACAUCCCGCAGUCAAUACAAGAGGACAUGGCACAAGCACUGGCAAUGACACUGAGUACUGGGCAAGUCGAUUGCAAAGUCUCCCCAAACAUACGCCAACAGCAGUAUGAGAGGGUGAUCGGGCCAAUUGCGUUUCACCCAAUAAGCGUACUUUUCGAAACUUCGAAUCAUGCGGCACUCAUGGAGAAGGUCGGGGUCAAGGACAUGAUAUCCGAUGUGAUCGACGAGCUGUUGCGCCUCGCCGAGGCAAACGGCUGCAAGUUUUCUUUCGACUUCAAGCAGCGGACCAUGGACGAGAUGACGAAGCCUAAUUUACCGGAGAGCAUCAUGUGGCAGGACUACGUGGCGCGACGGCCAAUGGAGAUCGAGACGUAUCUCGGAUCUCCUAUUAAGCUGGCUCGCGACUCCAAGGUCGCUGUACCGAGGAUCGAGACCCUUUACGCCAUCCUGCACAACUUGAACAUUGUCAACAGAAGCAGACCAAAGCCUGGGGAAGGCGCGCCGCCAUCGAUGGCCCCUGGCUCGCCUACCGUUGCCCCUCCGUUGCCGCGGAUGCCGUCGCAACAAGGCCAUCGUCCCAUGCCAGGUCCGAUACCCAACGGCAACGGUAUGCCUCGACCGCCCCGACCAAGGACCUCUUCAAGCUACAGCCAAGCGGGAAUGCGCCGUGGGCCCCCUCCCAUGAACGGCGGGCCACCCAAUGGCUAUCCCCGUCCACCGCCAUCGGUCAAUGGCGGUUCUAGGGCGCCUUCUCGCCGCGGUUCCAUGGACGGCAACGAUCUCGAGGAGUUCUCGCAUCUUGUUCUCUAUGACGAUAUUCCCGAGGGCCAAGAACCUUCGCUUGGCGAUUCCGACAUGGGCCUCCGUGAAAGAGAGUUGCAAAUCCGUCAAAGGGAGUUGGCGCUCAGAGAACAGGAAAUGCGGAUGAGGCGCGGCCCUCCCCCCGGUUCCCGGCGCGGCCCGCAUCCAAUGCGCAAUAGCCAGCAAGUGUUUGACGAUGACGACGACGAUGACGACUUUUUUGAUCCUACAGCCCAAGCCGGCGGCCCAACCAUCGACCCCGAUAAUUUCGACAUGAUGAGCGUCACGUCCAGGAAGAACCGCAAAGCGCUGGGGCCCUCAGCUGCCCAGUUCCGCCGCAACCCGGAAGUCGACGGACCUGCCCCUCCCCGGGGCAGCCGAUUCCGGCCAAGUUUUGGGCGCAACCGGUCAAGCCAACUCAAUCACGCGCCCAUGAUGAACGAAAACAUACUGGACGACCCCAUGAUGGGCUUCACCUCCAACCGUUACGCGACUGUUGACCGUGGGGCCAUGGGCGCGGGGUCCCGUGCAAACUCACUGACAGCCUCGAGGCUAGAUGAGCUUCAGCUGGAGUGCGACUGUCAUACCCACGUGCUGGCCAAGACCACAUUUGUCGCCCUGCCACUCCGCUGCCGCUCCCGCGAAUUGGAGUUUGGGUCCAACGUGAAAGUCUCGUCAACCUCAGAGCGUCGCAACUUGCAUCACCUAGUCACCCUCGUCAUCCUCGGACCAACCAUGGCCACACGAAACGCUGGGACAACGCAGAUGAACAUGAACCGGCAAAGCGUGGCCACGAGCGGCAGCGUCGUCAAAAGCAGACAGCUUACCCAUCUCCACUCACAGCUCGCCCAGCUAUCCGCAAAUCUGUCAGACACGGAGAACUUGCUGCGCAUGACGAGCGUCCAGGCAGAGGCAAUGAGGGGCUUGGGGAGCUGGCACGGUGGUUUGUUCAUGGCUGCGAGCAAAGUACUCGGCGAGGAGAGCGUCAGGGAGGCAGGGAGGUAA